GAAUGAGGUGCCUGGAAUAGUUCAUCGGAGGUAGCCGCCCGCAGAUAUGGCCUCUGACUCGCACCACCCCUUUGCCACAGUGCAGAAGAUCUACUAUCCAUCGCUGUGCGCUGUUGGUAUUCCAGCCAACCUCCUCACCAUCUACACUAUGUACAGCCGGAGAUGCGGCAUGUCGUUGGUGGCCCGCCUGUACCUGAUGGCUCUGGCCGUUGCCGACACGCUCUGCCUGUUCUGGGGGGCCCUGAUCGACCUGAGCCUGGUGUGGCUGGACCCCAGCCCGUUCUGGAACAGUGCGCCGUGGUGCGGCCUUCUGACCGUGCUGGAGUACGGCUCGGUCUUCACCUCCACCUGGACGGUGAUCGCCUUCACCGUGGAGCGCUACCUGGUGCUGAGGACCACCCGCUCCCGGCGGCCCUGCACCCAGAGCACCGUGACUGUCCGGGUCAUCGUAGCUGUCACGCUGGUCUCCCACCUGUUGGCCCUCCCCGCCUACUGGAUCUACAGCUCCAAGCUCCACAACUCCACCUUGCCCGACCGCGGAGUCGAGGAAGUCCCGGUCUGCGUCUACGAGCACACGUUCUUCUCCACCGCCGUGGUGUGGUUCCACACGCUGGUGUCCGGAGGCGUCCCCUACGUCCUGCUCAUCCUCUUCAAUGUGCUGAUCGGGCAGCAGCUGUACGCCGCGUCCAGUAUGUUCACCAAGGAGCAGCUGAGGUCCAUCAACGGGGUGACCACCCGCAGCCUGGCCAGGAAGUCCAUCCUCAUCCUCUUCGCCGUCUCCUUCACCUUCGUGCUCCUCACCCUGCCGCGCUUCGUCACCUACUGCAUCCUGCGCACCGUCUACAACCACCACGGGCACGACCGCGACGACUACCGCCAGCCCAUCAACCUGUUUGCCGACCUGGCCAUCAUGCUGCAGUGGCUCAACUCCGCCAUCAACUUCCUCCUGUACUGCGUGGUGAGCAGGCCCUUCCGCAGAGAGUUCCUCCACCUCCUGACCUGCCGGGCGUGUCCCUCCCCCCGCCCGCCCACCUCCAACACAGCACUCAAGGUCUACAGCCUGCAGGGUGGAGAGGUCCCACCGGCAGCCGCGGCCGUGCCCGGCUCCUAGACCUCGCCGGUCAAAGGUCCAAGGACUACAGAGGGCCAGGCACCCCCGCUCACGGACUGGGACCCAGCCAUCGAGCCACCACCCCUUGCUGACCCAAAACCCCCUCUCCGAUUCCACGAGGGAGAACUCGGGAGCGUGACAGGACGCUCGAACUUUUCCCUGGAUGAGUGCACAUCCAACCACCUCCGAGAGGGCGGCACCGAAGUAGACAAUAGAUAAUAUAUAAACA